AUGCCGUCCAGGAUUCGACGAUUCAAGAAGAGGGUGGCCGGCCCCGGCAUUGUUCAGAGGGGACAGCCAUCUGCGUCUGCGAAGCGCGGGCGGCUCAGCGACGACUCGAGUCCAGCGUGUCUGCCGGAGCUCAUCGAGGACGGACACUCCAGCUCUGAGUCUCCGCCUGCACCCUCAACCCCUGCAGUGCACGCUAUUUCCCCCGAGAACAGUGAUGACGGAAAGCUGCCUGUGCUCUCGAUUACAAAGCCCUCCCAGGGCCGGCCUGCACCAUCCCAGUCUCUGCCUGUCUUGGGCUCAGCGGCUACGCCGCCCUCAUCUACCAUCAGUCGCCGGGAAAGGCGCGAGCAACAGCGCCACCAGACGGAGCGACUCAGAGGGGAAGAACUGAGGGCAAGCUUAACCUCGAAAAGAGCGAAGCGGCAGGCGAAGAGGAAGGCUCUGCAGGAGCGGAACGGCGUCGCCUACUCCCUCGAAGCAGGAUCUUCACGGUGUGGCGGUGCUGGUGACUCUGAGGACGGCGACGGGGGAGAACGGGACCCGUCGGAGGAGGACGUGGCCACCGAUUCGGACUUCUCUGAUCGCACCGUGCGUGCGAGUACGGUAGCGCCCGCGGGUGGUGGCAACAGCAAGCAAGAGGAGACGAACAGGGAUGGCGUAGCGGAGCUGAUUAUUGAACGCGCGGCUCCCAACAUCGACGGUCAAGAGCCCUCCAACGUUCCAGCUGUCUGGGCCGGCACCACUCGUGCAGCAAGCGGCAAAAUUGAGACUACUGAGGGGCUUUCGCCCCUCCCGGUUACCACAAGCUUCGACACCUCCUCCCAAGUUUGUCUCGAGAGCUCAUCGUGCCCUCGUUCAGACCCUGCUUUGUCGCCCGUCGUCGAGUCCUGUUCAACCGGCACACCCUCAUCGACACGUACCCACUCCCGCGCAAAGCCCAGCACUGGCCCUUUGGCAGACAGGAACUUCCCACUCGGCAUCCCCUCGCGGCCAAAGACCAAUACCGAGCGCGUUUGCGUCCCCUUCAAGAGCUCCCUCACAUCCUCCUCGAUGGGCGUUGAUGCAGACUCUCCUUCAGAACUAGUGGAGGAUGUAGAGAAGAUGAGCGGACUGGAGCCUACCCCUCUCGGGCCACACUCCUCAGCGCCGUCACUCCGCCCCGCAGCUUCAACGCUUCUCAAGGCAUUCAAGGGUACUCUCAGAAGCACUCUUGGUCGCUUCAGGGCUGCUACCGCGGCUCCCCAGGCCGUCGCUCUUACUUUCACUGAUGACACUGUCAUCAGUGAUGGCAACGAGGCAACUCAAAAGGGCAAUGGUAGUGCGGCGACCGGAACCAGCCUCGCAACCCCCGGACCCUCGUUCACCAACGGCCCUUUCAACACAGCGACGACUUCAUUCCCGCCUAUCGUCACUCAGGAUGUCUGUCCUAGGCCCUCGAACUCACGCCUGUUGUUCUCGACCACUCAGCCAUCUGAAUCCCUUGCACUGAAUCAGGCGCUCUUCGGAUCAGGCGGCCCAAAGAUUCAGCCUGUCGGUCAGGACAAGACGCACAUGGUCAAGAAAGUCCUCGAUGCCGUCCCAAACCGCCGUGUGACUCAUCCCAUCAGGCCCGCCAAGCCCGUAUCGGUCAUUCGUGCCCCCCCUUUUGACGUGUGGAAUGUCACGUCGGCUUCCUCCAAGUCCCCUUUCAAAGCUACAUCCCAGCUCGCCAGUACGACCCAGCCUUCCUCGGUCUCACACACCACGCAGAAUGCUCAGCCAGCACCUGCCGCAUCGACGCCGCCUCAGCCCGCGCCUCCCCCGCCUUCCAACUCUCAACUCAACACCGCGCCCGACCAGACCUCUGCCACCCUUGCCGUAACCUUCGACACGACUCUCUUCGAUCACCGCCUCACACCUGACGAAAUCGACAUGUUCUGGCCUGCAGCCCUCCCCAAGCCGCUUCCCCGCCGCUUCUUCAUUGACGCCGCCAAGCUCUGUCCCUCGCAGCCCCCAAUCGCCCCGCAGUCGGCCGCCUGGCAUCUAGGCGCUCACCGCUGCGCCGUGCUCAUCCUGAGCUCCGUCUCGGUCCCCAAGUCUCAGUGCCGCAAGUGUGUUAUAAUCGGGGAGACGUGUCGUCGCUGCCUCCGCAAGAAUGUGCUCGCGACGAACGAGAGGUUGGCACGUUUCUCGUCUCCCGCGCUUUGGCCGAGUAUGAACUGGACGUCUAGCUUGCCCAUCGUACCUCAGCCUGAGAUGGAGGCGGAGGAUGACGGGCAGAUGAUGAAUGUUGGCCCCUCGUCUAACUUGCCUGACUCGUCCAACGCUGGCGCCAACGACUCUUCGCCGGCCUCCCAGCCCACCGCCAAUCCGGUCACUGUGACCGAUACUGCCAACCCAACCGAGCCUGCCAGUGCUUCAGCGACACCUACGAGCCAGUGCGACUGUGUAGACUCUGCCUCUGACACCCAGGCUUCUGCUUGGGACGAGGACAAUCCGUCUUCGGACCAGUUUCUGAAGGAAAUCCUCCAGACGCUGGACUAA